AUGCUGGAGUUCUACCAAGAAGCAACCAAGAUUCUCGCAACAAAGGUAAAGGCGAGGACCAUGAGGAUGGUUCUCAAGGGCAGCGAGCUACCACAAAUUAUCGACAAGUUCGCGGAAAACUGUGAGCAUCUUCACAAACUUGUUGGAAGUGUGAUAGGCGACAACACGAACUAUAUCAAAGACACAGCGAUCGAUCAACGCGUCAACAUGUUAUUGGGGGGCGAGAUUUGGCACCGCCAAAACGAACUCUAUGCUCAAUUGCAAGACCUUAGAGCUGAUGGAGCCUGCGAAUUUUUACUGCAAACCGAGCUCUUCCGCAAGUGGCGUGACCAGUCCGUGUCUCAGAAGCUGCUUCUUCUUGGCGAUAUGGGCUCUGGAAAGUCAGUUACUAUGUCAUGGGUUGUUCACCAUCUGGAGCAAACGAACGAGCCCCAGAUUCCGCAUCCGAAGGUGUGUUGGUACUAUUGCCGAUAUCCCGAGACCGACCGCGUCAGUCAGAUUCUCCGUAUUCUACUUCUGUCGCUUCUCAAACAGAUGAAGGGCCUCCAGAGUGGGUUUCUGGAAAGCUAUGACGACGCUGCUGGUUCGUUCGAUCCAGUACAAAAUGUCUCAGCCCUUAGAGGCUUUCUGCACGACGCCCUGGAAGCAGCAAAUCGUCCUGUUUUCAUCGUGAUUGACGGUCUCGAUGAGUGCUCACUGGAAGCCCGAAAUGAUCUUCUUGAAUUGCUGGAACAUCUGGCGCAAAAGUUUCCAGGGCUGAAAAUGAUGUUCUCUUCCCGUCCCGAAAGAGAUGUCAAGGACCAACUGGGUGAGAUGGACAGCAUCCAAUUGGAAUUGAGUCUUCGUCGGGAUGAAAUUAUCGCACAGAAAUCAGUCGACAAGCAACUGCCUCAUCUACAGCCGAGCGUCAAAGCAUUGAUUGUUGAAAAGCUAUCUCAUCUCGCAGAAGGCAGUGGCAUUUGGACUAGGAUGGUAGUACAACUCAUCCAGGUCCGCAGAAUCCGAACACGCGAAGCAGUUGAAAGUCUUCAAGGAUGUGGAUACAAUAUUACCCAAAGAUCUCUCAUCGCUCUUGCAAGCACAGCUCUGAAGGCCCUCGCUAGCGCCCGCAGGCCUCUCAGUAUUUCGGAGCUCGCCUGGGCUGUAGGGCUCAGUACAGAUCCAGAGGUCACCACCGCUGAGGCCUUAGGGGACCCAGUGGAUGGUGAGACAUUCAUGGAUCUGAUACGUCCUUUCGUUCUUCAAGUGGAUUCCGCGGACCUCAAGAAGCAUCAGGUCAGGCUGAGUCACCAGUCAGUGAACGACUUCGUUUUGGAACGAUGGGCUCUCUUCCCUCAUCUGAGAGGGUUGACCCCGUCAAAACACAACCCAAGAGACUUGGACCCGCGCUUUGGGAAGUCCAAUGAGUUCAUGUUAAAUCUUUGCAUCCGGUAUCUUCUCCUGGCUGAAAUUGACGAAAGACCUUUGUUAGAACCGCAAGAGUCGGCAAUCUCUGAGCUACCAGGAUUUGUGUAUGGGUCUUCUGACUCCGACGAUGGGGAAGAAGACAGCGAUUCGCAGGACGAUUCUGGUGACGACAUAAAUUGCUUCGAUCCGGCGGAUCGUGGGUUUGGCCAGUUCUUUAUUUAUGCAUCCUGUCACUGGUUAAUCCACCUCAAAACAGUUACCAAGGAAUAUCUUCCUGACCUAUGUCAUGUUGAGAGACUGUGCCAGAAAAACUCUCUUCGGCUAAAGAACUGGGUUGAUCAGAGAUCGCGCCCUAAUUGCACGCUGAAGGACCAAUCUCACCUUUUCCAAGGACCGUUGGACCCUCUCAGGAUUGUCUUGACCAACAGCUCCCAAGAUCUGCUGUGUUAUCUGCUUGAAAAAUCGGAUUUUGACCCAAAUAUCUUCCUGGGCAAUACAGCCAUGAAUGCGUUCUUCCGGCUCGGUUUUGAGGGAAUAUCUUCCAACCUUGAAAUCUCAAAGCUCGUGAUUCUUUUCGAGAAUGAUCGAGUGGGUCUUCAGCUACGAAAUUUGGAAUUCUUCGGAUAUGUCAUGAGUUUCUCGCCUUCUCCUUUCAGAUCCGGUCAGCUUAUUGCUGACUGGAAUCCCGUGUUUGAUCUCGUCAACAAGAUUUCAACCACAAUGAUCCAGCAGGGAUGGGGCAAUGAGCUCAUGUGUUUAGCCGCAAAGAGAGGCUGCUUGCCCAUCAUACAGAGACUCAUUGAAAAGGCUCAUACUGACCCAAACCUGCACGAUGAGCUGUUACGCCCAUCCAUAACCGAGCCACACCAUGCGAUUCAACGGGCUAUUUUGACAAACCAGCUUCACAUUGUUGAAUACUUGCUAAAAAACGACCCCGAUGCCCGUCUCGGAUGCCGAAACUCCCUCGGAGACAAUGUUUUACACACAGCAUCAAAGAAAUGCAUCCAUGAGAUGUUCCGCAUUCUCGUUCCUCGUUUCCGUGAGGGGAUGUAUCAGCUAGACAAACAAGGAGAUACACCGUUGAUGGCGAUUAUAAAAAGCCCGGCAGGCUCACUAGAGCGCUUCGACUGUGCGCAGAUACUCUUUCAACACCACGAGGCCAAUGGAGCUGGUGAUCUUUGGAUAGAGACUCAUAAUCCGUUAGCAGUGGCUUUGCAAGAUGAUGAUCUGGACAUGUGCUGCUUGCUGAUCCAUGCUGGUAAAAUCGACCCAGUUGCGGCCCUUGGCGACAGAAAAGUUCAGGCAGACUCAAGACAAAGCAAUAUGGUGGUUGAGAAGUCGCUGCUACAUGCGUUGGGCAAACUCUUUGGUAUCAACCCAGCGUUGUCAAAAUCCGAUCCAGAGGCUUUUCGUCGGUUCGCCAAGGAACACGUUCAAAGACGAAUGAAUGAGCCACGACCUGUUGAAACCCGAUAUCUUUGGGAUACUUCUUGA